AUGUCUGACGACGAGGAAUUCUAUUCUGAAGAAUCAUAUGAGUUUGAAUUUGAAGAAGAUGAUGAUGAAGAGGAUAAAAAUGAUCAAAAUGCUGAUUACAAUGAAGUAGAACAAAAUGAUGAUUUGGAUAUUGAAAGUAAGUAUUACACAGCAAAAGGCUUCAAAGAUGACGAACCAGAUACAGCGAUUAAAGAAUUGAAGAAGAUUGUAGAAGAUUCCGAUAGAACUGUCAGCGAUAAUAUUGAGUGGAUUUUCAAGUCAUACAAACAAUUAAUUAAACUAAAUUUCAAACAGAACAAUCAUAAUAAGGCACUUGAAUACUUACAGGACCUAUUCGUAUUGGUUCCACAAAUUUCUAAAUCUUAUGUUGAAGAAUCAGUUUCCAAAAUGAUUGCACGUUAUUCAAGUGCUACUGACACAAGUUUCAUGCCCAGAUUUUACACCUUGGUUCUUGAACACAUUGGUCAAAGCAAUGACAGAAUAUGGCUCAAAGUCAAUACAAAUUUACUUAAUACCUAUCUUGAGAAUGAGGAAUAUGACAAGUGUCCCGUUUUGAUUGAAAAAAUUCAUGCGAAAUUAGAGCAUGUAUCAGAAUCAACUAGAAAAUCAUUCAGUCUUGAAGUUAUUGCUGCUGAAAUUGACUUUUUAGCUCGAACAAAGAAUCUCAAAUUACUGCGUAUGAUCCAAUUAUAUAGAAAAAGUUUGGAUAUCACCACUGCAGUGACCCAUCCCCGAAUCUUAGGUAUGAUUAGGGAAUGUGGGGGCAAGGUUCAAUUUUACCGAUGUAAUUAUGAAAAGGCCAGGUUGGAAUUUUAUGAAAGUUUCAAGAGUUAUGAUGAAGCGGGAUCACCUUUAAAAAACAGAAUUCUCAAGUACCUUGCCUUGUGUUCCUUGUUAACUGAAAAUGAAUUCAACCCAUUUGAUUCUCAAGAAACACGAACGUACACUCAAAUGCCAGAAUUUACAAACCUACUUAUGUUGAUUCGUGAGUACCACAAUCUGGAUUUAACUAAAUUUCAUCAAGCGUUGGAAAAGAUGAAAGAAGAAAAGGAUGAGCUCUAUCUUGAUGAUAUUUUCACUCAUGCAUCAAAGCAAAUUAUUUCAAAUCUAAGAGCAAAUGCUUUGAUGAAUUAUAUUCAGGCUUAUAAAUCAAUACGAUUGGAGCUUAUCUCCCAAAAGCUUCAAUUGGAUAAAAACGAAUUGGAAUCGCUUGUGUUGAAAUUAGUCAAUGAAGGACGAUUAUCAGACAUAAGGAUAGAUUUUGUCAAUAGUGUUAUUUAUUCCGAAAAGGCAUCCGAGCAAUUGAUCCCUCAAGUCUUGGCACCUAAGGAGAUCUACGGAAAUGUCAAAGCAUUGGAUUUGAUAAACCUAGAAUCCGGUCAUUCUACUACCUCAUAUGACCACAUGGAAAUUGAUAAUCCUAAAGCACCAGUUUAUUUCACUGAUGUCCCAGGAACUGCAUUAGAGGACAAACCGGUGAGUUUGUUGAAAAAAUUAUUCCUUGUGAUUGACUCCACCUUGAAACCCAAUGAUUGGUUUAAGGCAAUAGAAGACUGGUAUGCAUUUAUGGUCUCCGCUGUGCCGCCUUCUGUGAAGACAGAAUUGAGUCAAAAAGAUCAGAUCCAUUCUGAACAGAGAGCUGAGAAUGCUAUUAUUGCAUCAACUAGUUUAAAUAUUGGUGCCAAUACAAAAGGAUUACUAGUUGAUGAUUCAUUAGAUCAGGAUGAAUCUUUCUCGGUUGAACAAAUCCACAAGACUGAUUUGUUAAGGGCAAGUUAUAGAAAUAUCCAAACAUAUUAUGAUAGCUUGAAUUCUAAGUAG